UUUCUCCGUUGGGUGUUUUUUUUCUUCAUUUUCGUAAAUAGAAUUGAUUGCAAAAUUUGUAAAGUCAUUUAUUGCAUUCAUUUCAUUAUUAUCACCGAAAAAAUGAUUCAAAGUUCAUUCUAGUGAACACAUUUCAGAUCUAAACAUAAAAGUGUCUGACUGAAAAAAGGUCAACAAGAGUUCAAUUACAUACACAAAUGCACAACUUUGAAUAUAAGAACACAUUAGUUUAGACGAUAGACAACGUCUGUGUUGAGCAUACAUUUGUUUGGGUGCGUACAAAGCAUAUUCGUUGCAUGUGUUCCUUUGUCUCUGCCAGUCUAGCGACGAUUGUGAUAUUGGAAGGACGAUUUGAUUAAUCUGUUGUUUUUGUCGCAUUGUGACACAUUUGUUAAUCGGUGUUCACAAAUUGAAGUGAUUUAGUUGGACAGCAGUGAUUCAGUUUAAAUUUAAAACGAAAACAAUUCAAUUACACGAUCGCUUGUAAUAUAAAUACAAAGCACGCGUACAGUGAUAAUUUUAUAUAUCUGCGUCUGUCUGUUGUACAAAAACAAAACAACAGUCGAUAAUAAGUCGUAAAUACCCACAGUUUGUUGCGAAAAUUGAAAGAAUUUGGUAAAAAUGAGGAUCGUUCAAUGGACUGCUAUACUUUUAUUAUUUUGCUUGUGCGAUGCUCGUCUCGAUUUUUGGAACGGAAAGGAAUCAACUCAUAAUCAUAAUAAAGUGAAUGAUUUGAAUCCGAACAAAUUUUCGCCAGUCAUAUUCAUCCCUGGGUGCGGUGGUAACAAGCUCCAAGCACGACUUAACAAAGCAAUAGUUCCACAUUUUUUUUGCUGGAAAAAUAACGACUACUUCGAUGUUUGGUUGGAUCCUACACAAAUGGUACCGUUGGAAAUCGAUUGCUGGGUUGAUAAUAUGAAACUGAGCUACGACAAUGUCACACGAAAAACAAGAAAUACUCCAGGCGUCGAGUUUAAACUUCCUGAAUUCGGACGAACCGAGGAUUUAGAAUGGGUUGACACAACACCAAUAGUUGAUAGAUAUGACUACGGAGCAUAUUAUUAUAGUAUUGCACAUGCUCUAGUCGACCGCGGAUAUGCAAGAGGAUACACACUAUUCGGCGCACCGUACGAUUUUCGCAGAGGACCAAAUGAAAAUAAAGAUUGGUUUUUGCGGCUAAAGGAAUUGGUUGAAUAUUCGUACAAAAUGAAUGAUAACAUUGGCGUAACAUUUAUUGCUCAUUCGAUGGGAGGACGAAUGCUUUUGCACUUUCUUCAACAAAUGCCACAAGAGUGGAAAGAUCAAUAUGUUAAACAAAUGAUAACAUUAAGCACACCGUGGGGCGGAAGUAUUCAAGCGAUUCAAGCAAUUUCGGUUGGUUAUGACUUUGGAGCAAAUGUCAUUCAAAACAUCAAAAUGAAACAAGUUCAAGAAACGUGUCCGUCGGUAGUGUGGCUAAUGCCCUCCAAACAUUUCUGGAAACAAGACGAAGUGAUGGUAACAAUGAAUAAAAAGAAUUACACACUUCAGAAUAUCGAUCAGUUUUUCUAUGAUAUAGGUUUGAAAAAUGCCGUCGAAAUGCGAAAAGACCUAGAACCAUUUGAUGAUUUUACUGCACCAGGAGUUGAGGUGCACUGCUUAUAUGGGGAAAACGUUGGUGAUACGGUUGAGAGGUUAGAUUUUGGUGCAGCAUACAAUCAGUAUCCGACAAUUAUUCUCGGAAAUGGAGAUGGCACCGUAAAUCGACGGUCAUUGAUUGGAUGUGGCCAUUGGGAAAAUAGUGACUCUCAAGGAGAACACAAGAUUUAUCAACAUGCAUAUCCGAACGUAGAGCACUACAAUUUACUAUCAGAUGCAGGCCCAAUCAAUUAUAUCUUGAGCAAACUCACAGGCGAUCAUGAUUAUCCACGUUCCACUGAACGACCAAGCUCAAAUAUGAUGAAAAUUCGAUUAUUUUAACGAAAUACCACCAAUUCCACCAAAUAUUCAUGAUCGAGAAAUUCGAAGCAGUUUUACUCAUUUGAUUUAAUGGAAAUUUGAUAUUUUUUUUGUCUAUUUUUCGAGCGAAUCUUGUAUGGCUGGUUAAUGUCAAUAAAACAUGUAAAAUUGGGAAA